AUGCAUCAUUGGUUAUCUAUUUAUGCCAUAAUUAGACUGGAAUAUCUACCUAAACGAGUAUAUGUUGGAGGCCUUUCCAAGGACAUCACUGAAAAGGACCUCAAAGAUCGUUUCAGCCUUUUUGGGACAAUAUCGAAUAUAGAUGUUAUACGUCACUCCGAUACAGGAGAUUGCCGAGGGUUUGCAUAUAUCACGAUCAAUACAACAGAAAAUGACUGGAAGAAAUGCAUAUCUCUUUUUAACGGUACUAAGUGGAAAGGUAUGACGUUGACGAUUCAAGACGCGAAGCCUGAUUACAAACAAAGAUUGAAAGAAGAAUGGGCAAAGCAGGAGACCUUCGAUAAUAAUGUGAUAGGAUUAUCACCGGUGUUGAUUAAAAAAAGGAAUUCUCAGAAUUUCUUUACCAAGAAUGAAGAAAUGAAUUUGGUGUCAAAUAAUGGUUCGGGGAGGUGGAAUAUACCUAAUGAACGCACGGUUGCAAUGAUGCACGGUAAAGAUUCUGGAGUAAAUUCCUCGACAGAUUCAGGUCUAUACAACGGUAGUUUUAAAGAAUUUUCCGAAAAAGAUCUAAAGAAAUCAAAAGUUAAAGCCAAAGAAGAGAAAUUCUUUGGAAAAGAGGCACGUGAUAUUGAGAGCAACAAAAAUUCGAAUGUUGCAAACAUUAUCAAUCCGCUGAACAUACUAAACAACAGAGACAUGCAGCACACAAAUCCUUUAUUGCAUUUGAAAUCGGAAACUACCGAAUCGCUUAGCAGACCCGCGCUUCCACCUUCGAUAAUUGAUGGUCUUAAAAAAUUGGAAAAAAAGUCUGGGAUUACUUCCAUAAAGCAAUCAAACCAAUCAAACCAAAUCCGUUUGGAAGCUCUAAAGCAGCGUGCAUUAGAGAGGAAAACAAAACUGGAAAAAGUCACACAGUCAUUAAGGAAUGAUUGUAAAUUGACCAGAUCAAAAGGUCGCUUAUUAUUUUCUGAUAAUGAAGACCUAGAAACUGAAAAGUCAUCAGGAAAAAUCAAUUUAUUCGAUUCCGAUUCUGAGGGACGAGAACGAUCCAUGGAUAUAGUAAUUAAUCCCAUAUUUGAGGGCGUUUCGGGGCGCGAGCGGUUAAACAUUCAGAAAAAGUUUCGCGGCGACGAACGGUUUAAAUUAACCGAGGAUUUUGUCAGUGAAGAUGAUGCCGACGAGAAAAACCAUUCUGCUGAUUAUGCUGGACUUGAUCAUGAAAUAACAAGGUUUUUGGAAAAGGAAAAGUCUGAAAGAUUGGGAAUCCUUAAUGAACUUCUCGGAGAUGGUCCGAAAUCUGAACCAUCAAAAAAAAAAUCAAAAGAAUGGAAAGAAAUGAUUCAUUUUGAUCCCGAUAUACCAGAGGCAAAAUUAUUUGAAAUUCAAAGAAAUGGUAUUCGAGAUUCAUUGGAACCUGUGGACGAAUCUAAAUCAUUUUCGAAGCCUUUACCGACAGUAUCAAAGGAAGUAAAAGUCGAAAUAAACACCGACUUAAAAGGGAUUUUUGCUCCUGGAAUGUUAAACUUGACUUCUCUUCGACUUUUUAGUAGCAAUGGAGAAAACGAAAAGAACUUGGAAGAAAUCAAUGAAACUCGCAUGACCGAUGAAGAAAUAAAAGAACCUUUGCCGUCG